UGUAAGUUGUCCUGCCCGAACAGGUGCAACAAAAUGAACAGCAGGAUGAGGGAGAUGCCAAUUAAGUGCAGUUUGUACACGCUCACACAGUCCUGAGCAGAGGGCUUAUCAGGUGAAAGAGGUCUUAUCAGGUGAAAGCACCUGCGUAGGUGGACUAUGGCUGUGCAGGGACUUCAACAUUGAAUCCCAUGUGAGUUGGAGGAGGCUGCCUGCGACAUACGUCCCCUUCUCCAGAGACUUCUUCUAUACCAUGAGCUCUGGCUCUGCCCAGGAUGUGGCAGUCGAGCAUUUCCUGCGUGACAUAGAGAGGCGAAGCAAGCGGCUACACUGCGCUGUGAGAGGCUGCGAGGAGGAGCGACCCCGCAGCGACAUGAACCUGCUGUAUCGUAAGAGCCGUUUGGACUGGAGGCAGAGGGACCAAGAGGGAAGUAAAAAGAGCUCCAACCAAAAUGACCCCUCAGCCACUGUUGGCAAAGUCAGAGACUUGGCUUCUUUCCGCCGGCACUUCCGGAUGGGUUUCAUGACCAUGCCGGCCUCCCAGGACCUGUCGCCUCACUCUUGUGCCUCGGCUAUGGCGCCGCGCUCGCAGUCCUGUCAUGCUGUAGGUGCCGGGGAUACAAGUCUGGAGAACGGAGAUUACUCUGACACCCAAUCCCAACAUGGUGGCCGUUGCCCCCCAGCCAAACCCAAACGUCACCCCAGCACUCGCCUCAGCUCCUCAUCCAGUGACAGCAGAGGACUUAUUGACACGCCACCACCUCUUGCGUCCUCCCACUCACAGGCCAAACACUCAGAGAAGAAAAAUGCCAUGAAGAAGUCAGACUCUGGAGAGAUUGGAGGAAAGAAGGUGCCUCCUUUAAAGCCCAAGAGAAGUCCUAGCACGCAGCUUUCCUUUGACCCUCUUCCUCCACGUGUGCCUCCUUCUGCCACAUCCUUGCCUUUCCAGGCAGCAGACUCUCAGAUUCAGACAGGAGACAGGGAGGAUGAGCCGGUCUAUAUAGAGAUGGUGGGCCAAGUGUUCACCAGAGACAGCCAGACGGCCACCCCCCACCCUGUCACCCCUGUGGCCACCACGCCUGACUCUGACUCAGAACAGAGUGAGGCCAUCUAUGAGGAGAUGAAAUACCCGCUGCAAGAGGACAGAGACUCCCAGAGACACCUCCCUUCCAAACAUGAGAAACUGAAAACCUCUAAACACUUCCAUGUCACCCCUUCCUCCUCCAGCAGCUCCUCCUCUCUGCCACGCCCCUCCUCUUCCUCUCCUUCCUACUCCAAACCAAAAGCUACUGUGUCAAUCUCCCAUUCGUCUCCUCUGCCUUCCUCUGCAUCCUCUACCCCUGUCCCCCAGGUCCUCUCUACCAGUCCACACACUCCACGAGCGCCUACUCCCUACCUGCUGCAAGGAAUUAAAUCUGAGGCAGAGUCCAACACAAAGAUCCCAGCCCCGUUUCCCAAUCUUCUACAACACCGACCCCCACUGCUUGCCUUCCCUCAGCCAGCAGCAGCCUCCAGCGGGGUUGGGGUGCAAAACAAGUCUACUUCUGCUAAAAUGGGAACUCAGACAUCCAGCGUGACUACUCAAGCCAGCACCUCCUCCUCGACUACUUCGAAUGUUCCCUCGUCACUGUCGGGCUCCAAGGAGUCAUCAGGAGGAAGUGCAUCCCAGCAGGACAAACACAGCAGAGAGGCUCAGUUAGGGCCUGCCCCCGGACUGAGAGCCAGAAGCCACUCCACACCACUGCCUCCCUCCUCCAAAUCCACCUCCCCUUUCUCCCAUCACCACCACCACCCUCACCAUCGUCCCUCGCACUACCAUCACUAUCGCAAGCCAGAGAGAGGAGACUCUCCCGCUCCAAUCAAGGGCAGUUCUCAGAACCAGGCCACAGUCCAGACCCAAACCUCAAGUACAGGCAAGGAAGGCAAGUCUGUUAGUUUCCUGUUGAAGUCGGAUAAAGGAGAGAGGGAUAAGGAUCGGGACAGGGACAGGGACAGGGACAGAGACAAGGAUAGGGAUAGGGACAGAGACAAAGAUAGGGACAGGGAUAGAGAUAGAGAAAGGGAUAGGGGUAGAGAAAGGGAUAGGGAAAGAGACAAGGACAAAGACAGGGACAGAGAGAGGGAUAAAGACAGGGACAGAGAAAGAGACAGGGAUAGGGAUGGAGGGCCAUACUCCUUACAGAUGGAUCACGCUCCCUCCACAUCUCAAAGCAGCACCAGCUCAACCCCUACGCCAUUAUCUUCAUCCCAGCGUCCUCAUUCUCGUCCCCAUCUUCGCUCUCACACUCCUCACAGCCUGCCAGCAUACAAGCCUCCCUCCUCGGACAGCCCCCUGCUGUGGACCUACCCCUCCGGUGGCUUCCGGAGACCGCCGGCUUACGAUAGCCUGAGAGGAAGCGCUCAGACACCGUCUCUGCAACAGCCCUCAAGUCUUACUGGUGUAGGUGAGGGGGCAUUCAAAAGCAACGGAGGGUCUUCGUCCCUCCAAUCAAAAGUUGGGUUCAUGCCCUGGGACAGCAGUGCCAGUUUAGCUGCAGAUGAGGGAUCUUACUGGCCUAUGCAGAGGAAAUUGUCCUUCAGCCAUGGGAGCAGAGAGACAGAGAAGGACGAAGGCCGUGCGUGGAAUGGCAGUGCUGAUGCCCUAUUAAGGAUGGAUAAGGAGGACCUCUGCAUGGGGUCUCGAGGAGGCCACUCAGGCAUCCCAGUCCACUUCAGUGGUGCCACCAGCAGGGCGCUUGGUCACAGUGAGUCCUUGGCUGGUGUGGAUAGCAGCCCAGGUUUCAGAGCCCUGCCCAGAGUUGGUCUGCCUCUUCCCUGCCAGACUUUCCCUGCCUGUCGCAAUGGAGAAGUGGGGCGGCUGGGCCGCUCCUCCUCUGCUGCUGGAGUGAGACAGGUGGGUGGAGGAGACGUCCAAAGACAGAGCAGCCUACCAGCACGAGAAGCCCUGAAUCAGCUGCAUGGUCUGGCCCAGCCUCAAGUGCCCUGCAGUCCCAGCAGUCACAGUGUGUCUCGGCAGCAGCAGCAACUUCAGCUCCACCAGCAGCAGCUGCAGUUAAAGCAGCAGCUCCAGCAGCUCCAGCAACAGCACCACCUGCAGUUGCAGUUCCAGCAGCUCGCCCAGCUGGCGCAGGGACAGCCUCCUGUCAGCGGGGGCACCACCCUAUCCGCAACGCAGAGCCAGAGAGACGGCAAGCUGCUGGAAGUCAUUGAGCGUAAACGCUGCCUGUGCAAAGAGAUCAAGGCCCACAGGCGCCCUGACAAAAGCUUGUGCAAGCAGGACAGCAUGCCCAUCCUCCCUAGCUGGAGACGGACACCUGAGCCUCGUAAGACUGGCACGCCACCCUGCCAGAGGCCACAGGCCGUCGUGUGGGACACGGCUAUCUGAGUUGGAAAGGCUGGCCGGCCAGUGAGUACAGCACUGAAGAGAGACUAAACACACAGAUGAAUUGAAGAUGUUUGGACAAUUAAUAAAGAGAGGAGAGAAAAAUGGGUUUAGUAACUUCACAGAGGAAUGAGAGAAUGUUGCUCUUAUUGUGUGAUAAACUGAUCUGAGAACAGUAAUGAAGGUUAUUGUAGACUUUGGACUCAUUUGGGGGAAAAAACAAAAAAAGGCUGAUAACAGAGGUGAAGAAAGGAAGUAUUACAAUCAGACUAAACUAAUCUCUGACCCGGGUGAUUUAUACUUGCUCUGUACUAUGUCCUUCUUGAUGUGUUCUAAUUGCCAAUGAUUUUUGCCACAAAACGCCAGUAUUAUUGCCACAAAUAGAAGACACCAACUUAAUAAUAGGUGGGAUGUUUUCUUAGAUUGGUGUUGCCAAAUUUUCUCCUGACUACUUGAGACAUAGGCUAAAGGAAUCAUAUAUUUUCUCCCACACACAGUUGUCCAACUUGCAUAGAAAUUACUCUGUGGAUGAGAAAAGGCGAGAUUCAUUGAUAAGUUAUUGAAGUGUUUGUUGAAAUCGUGAAUGCAUAUGAGAUGUCUUGGUAACAAUAGAUUGUCAUUGUGGAUGCAAAUAAUCAUCACUGAGGAGUCAAAGCUACCUACUGUAUCUGUUUGCAUAUUUGUAAUGUAAAUCUAUUUACUUU